UUUUGCUGGCAGGUAUAAAAUACCCCUUCUUCUCCUCUCCCAUUCCUCCCUCCUAUCAACUCGACCACAGAGCGGCGGCGGCGGCGGCGGCGGCAGCGGGGGAGAGAGGAGAGAGCUCCAGCCAUGGUGCACGUCAACUUCUACCGCAACUAUGGUAAGACAUUCAAGAAACCAAGGCGUCCUUAUGAGAAGGAGCGUCUUGAUGCAGAACUGAAGCUGGUUGGUGAGUAUGGACUGAGGUGCAAGCGUGAGCUCUGGAGGGUUCAGUAUGCAUUGAGCAGGAUCCGUAAUGCUGCAAGACACUUGCUCACACUGGAUGAGAAGAAUCCCCGCCGUAUCUUUGAGGGUGCGGCUCUUCUCCGUCGCAUGAACCGCUAUGGUCUCCUUGCUGAGGGCCAGGAUAAGCUUGAUUACGUCCUUGCCCUGACUGCUGAGAACUUCCUUGCAAGGCGCCUUCAGACUCUUGUCUUCAAGGCUGGCAUGGCAAAAUCCAUCCACCAUGCCCGUGUCUUGAUCAGGCAACGCCACAUCAGGGUUGGCAGGCAGAUCGUCAAUGUCCCGUCGUUCAUGGUGAGGGUUGAAUCUGAGAAGCACAUCGACUUCUCACUGACAAGUCCAUUCGGCGGAGGCCCUGCAGGCAGGGUGAAGAGAAAGAACCAGAAGAAGGCAAGUGGUGGCGGCGACGCCGGUGGUGAUGAGGAAGAGGAAUGAGGAACUAGUAGCUAUCACCUUAUAUUUAUCAAAUGUUGGUGUUAUGAGUACUUUAGCUGAGAGGCCUGAGACUUUCAUGGGUUAUCCUCUUGUCAUUUUGUCACUUUAUCACUGUUGUUAGCAUGUAUGCACUUCUUUAUGUUUGGAGCUAUUUGGUCGUGAUGUUUUCGACUAUGACCUGGAAUUCUCCUUCAAUUGCUUC